UCGCUAGAGAUUUGAUUGUAUGGAUGGGCUAUCUCGCCGGUCAUUUUAUUAACCGUGAGCGUACUUUGCAUGCUCUAUUAAUUUGAACUGUCAGCUGAUUACUUAUUUGCACUACGUACUUCAUCUUCCUUAUCGGACGAUGUUGAAUGUGCCCAUAACGAGCAGUAGAUGGUAACGAACAGCUCUUAUUUACAUUGUAUUAGAUAGGUAAACACUCAAUAUAAGUCAAUCAGUCUCUGAUCUUUGGACUAUUGUCACUGGGCUCUUGUCACUUGUUGAGCUGCCAUUAAAAAUAUGUACAUUUUGUCCUGAAGUGUGUUUGAUCACAAACUAAAACGGAACUUAUAGCGAACGGAAUACUUCAGUGGAAUGAAAAUGUCACCCAAUGUAAUUGAGCGUCCGGUUAAGCGUCAUCCCAAAGUGUUCAUUAUUGGGGCUGGGUUCUCAGGACUUUGCGCUGGCAUCAAGUUGCAAUCAGAUUUGGAAAUUUUUGAUUAUGUAAUUUUUGAUGAGAAUCAUGACGUUGGUGGGACUUGGCUAACGCAUACGUACCCGGGUUGUGCUUGUGAUGUAAAAUCCCAUCUCUACUCCUACUCUUUUGAGUUAAAUCCAAAUUGGUCAACCACUUAUGCCCCCCAACCCGAGAUUUUGGCUUAUCUAAAAGGAGUUGCAUACAAGUACGAUUUAUAUAGCAAAGUGAAAUUCCAUCACCAAGUGAAGAGUGCGACAUGGGUUGAAAAUAGCUCUAUUUGGAAAAUCGUUGUUCAUGAUAAGCAUGUGGGAAAGACUACAGAGUACGAAUGUGAUAUUAUAAUUUCCGGAGUGGGUGGACUGCGCGUUCCCAGUAUCCCGGAACAAUUUUCAAAGUUUACUGGUCCAACCAUUCACAGUGCAAAGUGGAAUCCAAGUUUGGAUCUAGAUGAUAAAGUAGUAGCUGUAAUCGGGAGUGGGUGCAGUGCAGUACAAAUCGUUCCUACAAUUGAGCCAAGAGUUAAAAAGUUAUUGUCAUUCCAGAGACACCCUGCUUGGAUCGUUCCUUUGUCUCAGUUCCAAAUAUUUGGUUUCAUCCGAUGGCUAUUUAAUAAAAUUCCAUACUUAAUGUGGUUGUAUCGGAUGUUUAUCUUCUUUUCACAAGAAGCCUACUUUAUGAUUUUCAAGGCCAACAGCAGACUCAGGGAAUUUGCAAAAUGGGCUGCACGCAUGUUCCUCAAAUGGCAGAUUCCAAACGAUCCAGAGCUAAGGACCAAGCUCAUUCCAAACUACGAAUUUGGAUGCAAAAGAAUUUCCCCGAGUAAUAUGUACUACAGAGCCUUGGCCAAGCCCAAGUGUGAAGUGGUUACAGAAAAGAUCGCCUCCGUCACACAGCAUUCCAUAAUCACGGAAGAUCACAGAGAAUACCCGAUCGAUGUGCUGAUACUUGCUACCGGAUAUAGAGUUCAAGAUUACUUCUCCCCUCUGAAACUGUAUGGGCUCAAUUCAGAAGAUAUUCUAGAAACCUGGAAAACAGGAAGUCCGUCGCAUUAUUUGGGGAUAAUGUCCAGCUCAACACCGAACAGUUUUGCUUUAUUAGGACCAAAUACAGCUUAUGGACAUAACAGUGUCAUAUUUUCUAUCGAAUGCCAAGUCAACUGGGUGAUGCAGGUCAUUCGAGAAUUCAUGCAGAGAAAUGCCAAAGCAGUGGUAGUGAAAGAAAAUGUGGAAAAACAGUACAUGAAAAGUAUAAGGACUCGUCUAAAAGACACCGUGUGGGGAAAUUACGAAUGCGGUUCCUGGUAUGUAAACCAUGAAGGGAUUAACACGACGCUCUACCCUGGGAGUUUAAUUAGCUAUUGGAAGGAAACUAGGAAACCAGUGUUUUCGAACCUAAUCUUUGACUGACCAACGUGUCAUGUCAUAAAUAUUAUGUUUAUACUUACAUUAGUAUUAAUAGCACAAGAAAAUUUAUUCUUAAAAUUGUGAUUAAUCUUGCCAUACAAUGUGAUUACAAUAAAUAUUAAUCCAGUAAUUUUUA